AGAUAGACGGCCAGUUUCUAUGUGGGUAUGACGUGGAGAAGGUGUUCGCUAACCGUAUUGGUUGGUUCCGUAAAAAUCCAACUUAAAAUCUUACUACUCCCUCCUCUUUCCCCACCCUCGAAUUCCUGUCUGUCUGGAUGUGGACAUUAUGCGUUUUGGGGAAAAAUAGCCAAUUAAACGCCGCAUUUGAGAAGAGUAAACAGAGACACUAUCGGAGCAACCACGAUAUCACACUUGCAAAUUGAUAUCCUGAAGAAAAUACCCAGUCUGUUUCUCCUUUCUUCUGAUUGCCAUCGAGACCGAUGAGUGGGGAAAACUAGCUAGCACGCUAACGAACGAUACUCAAAAGUAGCUGCACUGUUUCUACCAACUUUACACAGACGCUCGGAAAAGUAUCAGUUCGAGUUUUAAUGUAACCGGCGUGAGGACAGUGACGAGAAAUAGAAUUGCUACUGACUUUUGCUUAUAUUUUUCGAUUUUUGUGUUUUUUACAGCAAGUAUUGCGGUAACUGUCGAACACAUUUUUGUCAUAUUGAAGUAAUAACACCGUGAAGCAUGGAAAUAUUAGACAGCGGCGAGCCAUUUUUACACUGGGAUCGAAAUCUGAGCGAAUUGUCUGAGCCCGGUGAAAACGACAAUGUUGUGUACAACACACACUUCACAGAGCUCCUGGAUGACCUAUCCCAGGAGGCCUUGCUGGGCCAGCUGCUGAGCGACCCCUUCCUGUCGGGGCGGGGCGAGGCCAUGGACACAGAGGAGGAGCUGACCCCAGCGUCCCCGGCACCCCCUCCCAUUCAGGCAGAGCACAGCUACUCCCUGAGUGGAGACUCCCGGCCACAGUCCCCUCUGUCACACCUGCCCGAGCCAGGGAGCGAUGCAGGGGAGUCCGACGGCGAGGACUGGGCCAUGGAGUCCGAGGAGAAGGGACUGAAGAUGGACCCGCUCCUGUGCGACCCUCCAUCCCUGCUGCCCACGCUGUCCCUCAGCCUGGCCCCCGAGGGCCACGCCUCCCAGCCCGCUGCCCCCCAGGGCCUCUCCCUCCCCAUCCUGCUCUCCCAGUCCACACAGGUCAAGAUCAUAAAGGUGAAGGAGGACAGUGAGGGAUUCAGCCCCAAAAUCAAGCUGGAGCCCCACGAGGUGGACCAGUUCCUCAACCUGUCCCCCAGAGGUCUGGAGUCCCUGCAGCUCCCCCCGACACCUCCCAGCUCUCACGGCAGCGACUCGGAGGGCAGCCAGAGCCCCACGCGGCCCAGCGGCGCCUCCAGCCCUGCGCAGAUGCCGACGCAGGCUGUCCUGAAGGUGGCGCCACGGGCCCCCUCCUCCCUCUCCAACUCCCCCCUGCUCACCGCUCCCCAUAAGCUGCAGGGCUCUGGGCCCCUCCUGCUGACGGAGGAGGAGAAAAGGACGCUUAUCGCGGAGGGCUAUCCCGUACCCACCAAACUGCCUCUGUCCAAGGCUGAGGAGAAGGCCCUGAAGAAGAUCCGCAGAAAGAUCAAGAACAAGAUCUCUGCUCAGGAGAGCCGAAGAAAGAAGAAGGAGUACAUGGACGCGCUGGAGAAAAAGGUGGAGACAUGCUCCAAUGAGAACAGUGAGCUGCGCAGGAAAGUGGAGACUCUGGAGUGCACCAACAAGUCCCUCCUGCAGCAGUUACACUCUCUGCAAGCAGUUGUGGCAGGGAAAGUGCCCCGGUCCUGCAGAGUGACAGGCACUCAGACCUCCACCUGUCUCAUGGUGGUGGUGCUGUGUUUUGCUGUGUUCCUGGGCAGUUUCUACCAGGGCCUGGGCCCCUGCUCCUCCAUCACCAAGACAGGCCUGUCCAAAGAGCUCACAAUGCAGGAGUCCUACACGGCUACCGUGAAGUCGAGGAGCCUGCUGGGGUACGAGGAUCGCAGCGGCCUGGAUGAGCCACACCCCUCCGGGCUGGGCGGGGAGUACCCAGAGCAGUGGGACAGACAGGUGGACGUCAUGGCGACCUGGAGGUCCCAGCAGCAGCAGCAGCUGGAGCAGCAGGCAGAGAGGCGCAGGGCGGAGUCCCAGCCGCAGUUCACCCACAGCAACGAGUCACACGUGCAGAAGCCCAUUCUCAUAGACCUGCACUCACACAGAUCACUGGAGCUCCAGAGCAAUGAGAGUAUGAAGGUGAUAGACCUGGAGAGGACAGUGAAUGAAACUUUCUGAGGUCUGGCUGACCCGCACACCCUCCACUGCCACGCCAGAGGCUUCAAACUCACUCUUUGUAUUUAUAUAUAUUCUGUUUGAGUAUUGUUUUACGUAUGUAGUUGUUUUUUUUAUGCAUUUCUAUUCCAUUCCAACAUUAGUACUCUUGAUUGG